UUGUGGUGGUUUCUCCUCCCUCUCCUCUCCUCUCCUCUCUGGGCUGUAUAUAAGUGUGGAUGGCUGGCUUGUGUUUCAGACUCACAGAGGGAAUGAACAAAAGCUUGUCGGACGUACGGCGCAGAGGGCCACCAUGACCCCCGCGGUGACCCCGACGAAGAGACCUCCGCCUCCUCCUGGACUGCUAAUUAUUGGUCGUGUGAGGCAUCUACAGGUGAGCUGUUAAACUCAGGAUGAUUGACAGCUGCUCCUCCUGAACCCCAGGAUGCCUGUGGUGCCAGUGGGCGGGACAUCCUCCUCCCACCACGUCGUACCUGUCGCCCUCACCUGUUCCUGGCUGCUCCUGCUCUUCCACGCCGCUUUCGGUCAGAAACCCGCCAAGCUGCCUCUGAUUGGCCGGAAGCCCUUCAUCGCCGCCUGGAACGCCCCGAUGGACAUGUGCACCAUCAAGUACAACGUUACCACCAACGCCAACCGCCUCUUCCACAUCCACGGGAGCCCGCGUGCCGAUUGGACGGGCCAGAACGUCACCAUCUUCUACGCUAACCGGCUUGGCUACUACCCCCACUACACGCCGCAGGGCGCCGCUGUGCACGGCGGCCUGCCGCAGAACAGCAGCCUGGACAUGCACCUGUUAAAGGCCUACCAGGACAUCACCCACUUCAUCCCCUCAGAGGACUUCCGUGGCCUGGCCGUCAUCGACUGGGAGUUCUGGCGGCCUCAGUGGAGCCGCAACUGGCACAAGAAAGACAUCUACCGAAGCAAGUCGAGGGAGCUGACCGCCAAGGCGUACGUCAACGUGACGGCGGCACAAGUGGAGGAGCUGGCGAGGCGGCGGUUUGAGAAGAGCGCCAAGGCGUUCAUGCAGAGGACUAUCCAGCUGGGGACACGCCUUCGCCCCAACGGCCUCUGGGGUUUCUACCUCUACCCCGACUGCCACAACUACAACCUGCACGAGCAGAACUACACGGGCUUCUGCCCUCUGCUGGAAAGGCUGAGGAACGACGAGCUGCUGUGGCUGUGGAACAGCAGCACGGCGCUCUUUCCCUCCGUGGCGAUCAAGAAAAGUCACACCAACAGCAUCGGCAACCUGCACUUCUCCCAGCACAGGAUCCGAGAGUCGCUCCGCAUCGCCUCGCUGACCUCGAAGGAGUACGACCUCCCCACCUACGUGUACCUGAGGCUGGGCUACCGAGACGAGGCCCUGGCCUUCCUCACCAUGAAAGACUUGAUCCACACCAUUGGGGAGAGUGCUGCUCUGGGAGCUGCAGGGUUCGUCAUCUGGGGGGACCUGAACCUGACCUCAUCCAGGCAUAACUGCACCAAGGUGAAAUCCUUCCUGAGCCACCGCCUCGGCCAGUACGUCACCAACGUGACGCGAGCCGCCGAGGUCUGUAGCGACUUCCUGUGCCAGGGAAACGGCCGCUGCGUCCGCAGGGACCCCCUCGCCCGCCAUUACCUCCACCUGAGCGCCGGCAGCUACCACAUCCGGCCCUCCGGCGACGAGGACUUUGUCGUCACGGGGUGGCACUCGCAGCACGAGCUGCAGCUGCUGACUGAGAGGUUUCGCUGCCACUGCUACGAGGGCCACGAGGGCGAGCGAUGCGACAGCAUCAACAAAGUGAAGGAGGACGACGGGCCGUGGAGGAAGGAGGACGACGAGCUGGAGAAGAAGAGGACGGCGUGGGAGGACGAGCAGGGUGAACGGUGGGAGGGAGGGGAGAGUGAGGCGCCACCGAACAGCUACAGCUUUCAUCUGAUGUUGUUAAUGCUCCUGUUGAACUUAUCGUUAGUAAAGACGCUCGUCUGACAAAAGGAGUCAUCUUUCAACACAGCUGUGCACAGAUGUUACUUUUCAACACACAUACAGAAUGAUGUUUUUCAGACAGACUGGUCUUUGGCUGGAUUUGAACCCAGGACGUUACUGUUUCACCUGAUGCCCUACCAACAGCACCCUCUUUAAAUGACUUACCAAAUGUUGAUUAUUAUCCAUGAAUCUAGAGAUAGUUUUUUACUUAACAACUGUCAUUUUGGCCCAUUUCCAGACCACUGAAUCACUGCCCACAUCUCAGAUUUGUUCAAGGAUUCAAAUAGGUCUGGUGUUGUGCACAUUAACAGCUGUUUCCCUGGCUGGAGGAGAUAUUUGUAUAUGAACAGGUCAACCUGGUCUCAUGGGAAGGCGUAUAAAUAACACAACAUUACAAGGACAUUCCGCGUGUAAUUAGAACGCAUUUUAGUUUUGUUUCGCGUGUCAUUUUUACGCCAUGCAACAAAACUGGAACAGCUGCAAUUAGGUUUAGGCAACAAAACCACUUAGUUCGGUUUAUGAAAAACAUCAUGGUUGGUUAAAAUAAGUACGAAAAACAACGCAACAGAAGUACGAUCACAAUCACAAACGUCACUAAAAAACACGGCACAAACGUAACUUCAAAAUAACUCAACAACACUUUGGGAUAUGAACAGCGGUCUCCUGGUUGAAUGUCGUGUGUUUGUUGGACCCACGGGUCCUCUUCAUGAAGUCGGCCGCCAGGUUUUUACAGUAUCCCGAACGGACAAACCAAACUCUGGCUUGAGAUAGGUACAUUCACAUUUUCACGUCGGCCACCGUAGUUCAGCAUAACCCGAGAGGCUUCAGUUGGUUGCAAUCUGCAACCUUACCGCCAGAUGCUGCCAAACACACUGCACACACACCUACACAACGCACCUCUAGCACUCAGCUGAGGUCGCUGCUGAGUGGAAAAAAGAAACUUGUGAAAUGAAAACAGCUGCUGUGUUGAAAAGUAACACGUGUUUAAAAAAAACACAACACUUCCUUUUUAAAGGAGUGUGAUGGCACUUUACCUGACACAUACAUGAGGUUUGGGAUGUUGACAGAUGAAGGUUUGGUUGAUUGUAAUACGGUUCAACAAAGGUGAACUGUAUUUGACCUCUGCAACUAUCUGCACUGGCAUCUUUAGCCAACAACUGCAUCCAUUCUUCCAGGAAUGUUAAUGUAGAUACUGUUUGUUAAACUGUGGACUGAUUCACCUGCAGAGCCGAGGAUCGGAUCGGAGGAAUCGCGUUUAUUGCUUCUAAAAGCUUCGUGGUUCAGUAGGAUAACAGUCAAAUCUGGCAGGACAAUCCUCUAGUUUGUUUUGUGGAGACAACAACAAAGCCUUUCAAUGGAAACCAAAGGGUGCUACUACUACCAACACCACCACACAGCCAUAUGUUGGAAAAUCACUAAAGUUUGACGCUCGGUCUGUGGUGCUUUUGAAGACAUAUUUCUGAUGAACUUUUUCUCAACAAUAAGCUGUUAUUUCACUUGACAUUAUACAUAAAGUGUGUAUUUUUUGUACUGUUCCUUACAUUAUACUCUUGAAGUACGGCAUGUCAGGAAACAAGCCUGUUGUGACGCGGCAUUCACAUGGUGUAGGUGCUAUUGAUUUCAAAAUAUUAUGUAUCUGUAUCCUUUCUAUAUAGGUAUAAGUAUAGAGUUUUUCAGUGUUUAUGUAGAGGUUGAUGUUACUAUAUCUCAGUUCGGAGGACUCAAAUCAGCAGACUGUUUUUAGUUUUUGAUGAUAUCUCAUGUCGUUGUGGCUGAGCGGACCAAACCGUCUCUGAAGCCGAUGUACAGUACUGUAGGUAUGACGAAACACUGAACAGGAUGUAAAACAUGGCACAUACUGUAUCUGAAUACAUGACUCAGUGGCUCGCUCACUUCUUGCCAAAGAAGAAUCAUCUCCUGUAAAAAUAUGACGAAGUAGAAAGUUGACUUAAGACUGAACGCAGGUUAGAGUUCAAUUUAGUUGAAGUUUUGGUGUAGAACACCUGUUGGGAAGAAAGUCAGGGUGGAUGGUUGUAUAAAUUAUGUGACAGCUUUCUUUUAACCAUGACCGUAAUCUUUCUCUGACCUUAAAGUAGUUUUAGUGACCUAAACUUUGCCAAACCUUAACCAUAGAAGUGGCAGAGCAGAGAAAAAGCAAUACGGAUCAUUUGAAAUAGUUUUGGAAGACACUGACAAACAAUUCUGUUCUGAAAAUAGGGGCGUAAGAUCAUUGAUUUUUCUGUGGCAGCUGCACACAAAGAGCUCAAUAUGUGUUUCGAAAAAAGGCCUGCAGUGAAACUGACUGGAACUGGAUAACUGUUUUGGGUCCAAUCCAUAUUUACCACAGACCAAAGACCUGGAACAUUUUAAAUCAAAUCCAGAGCAGAGGUGGACCUGACCAAAGACGUCUAAUGGAGGUUUCUGCUCUUUAAAGUUGAACAUGUAGCAUCUCUGUAACACUGAUCCUGGUUUAAACUGAAUCAGUACUUUCAUCACUGCCUAACCUCCAGGUGAAGUUCAGUUCUGAAGAGUUUCACUUCACUCAUCAUGAUGCGGUCACUGUGUUUUUGUUUUUCUGAGGAUUGUAAACCAAAUAUGCAACAAGGACUAUGCAACACAUGAAAAAUGUUACCUGAAUGUAAAUGCACUGCAAAUAAAGACUUUUCUUCAGUACACCUACA